UUUAUCUAUUAUAUAUUUAUAGGCUUACUGAGCCUUAGAGUCUUCACUACUGUGAAGAUUAAAUUUAGCUCUCCCCUGACUGUGAAAAUUAAAUUGACUCCCCUGCCCAUUUUUAGAUUUAAUCACCAAAAGUAUAAAAAUCCCACUUAAUCAUUAAGUGGGGAGGUCUGUGACCCACGUGUGCAAUAGUGGGUGACAAAUCAGAAUCAAACUGACUGCCCCAUGGGCCAUCCUAAGCAAACUGUGAUUGGUAGACAUAAAAUUAGGGGAAGGCACAGGAAAGGGAUGCAAAAGAAAGUGUCUUUAAAAGCGAGUUAUAACUUCCUGAGUGGAGUUCAAUUUGGACUUUGUCUUCUUCUGGAGUUCUGAGUUCAAGUUAGAGGCUGGUGAAGACUCUGCUGACUGGACCUGAGACCCUGUUCCUGGUGAGACUGUCCUUGUCUUCCUUUGGACUGACACAUGACAUUGAAUUCCAAGGAAUAAAACAAUGACACCUAUAGUAGUUGUUCUCUAAGUGGGUGUAGAAGUUGAUAGAUUUGCUGCAAUAUUCCAGAAGAAGAUGGCAACUCCGUAUGUCCCUGUGCCUAUUCCUGUAGGAAAUUCUUCAUCAAAUUUUACAACAAACAGAAGCCAAAGAAGUUCUUCUUUUGGGAGUAUUUCAACAAGUUCAAAUUCUUCCAAAGGCCAAACAGAAGACUCUAAUGUGGGUAGUUACAAAAAGACAACUAUGCCUGAUCAGAUGGAUAACAAUUCAUCUAUGUGUAGCAGCCCUCUAAUUAGGACUAAAUUUACAGGUAUAGAAUCUUCCAUUGAAUAUUCUACUAGGCCAGUAGAAAAUGAAGACCAACAAAGUACAGAAUCUGUGAACUGGGAAGAAAGAUCUUCUACACCUACUAUAUUGGGUUAUGAGGUGAUGGAAGAAAGGGCUAAAUUUACUGUAUAUAAAGUGCUAAUAAGAAGAAGCCCAGAAGAAAGCUGGGUUGUUUUCAGAAGGUAUACUGAUUUCUCUAGGCUGAAUGACAAAUUAAAGGACAUGUUUCCAGGCUUUCGGCUGGCCCUUCCACCAAAACGCUGGUUCAAAGACAAUUAUAAUGCUGAUUUCUUAGAAGAUAGACAGCUGGGACUUCAGGCAUUCCUACAGAAUUUAGUAGCUCAUAAAGACAUUGCUAACUGCCUUGCAGUAAGAGAAUCUUUGGAUGAUCCACCAGGUCCAUUUGAUAGCUUAGAAGAAAGCAGGGCUUUCUGUGAAACUCUAGAAGAAACAAACUAUCAAUUACAAAAAGAGCUACUUGAAAAACAAAAAGAGGUGGAAUCACUGAAGAAAUUGCUAAAUGAGAAACAACUGCAUAUAGACACUAUAGAGAACAGAAUUAGGUUAUUGUCUUUAGAACAUGAAGAAACACUUAGAAUUUCAAGAGAAGGUGAAUGUAUCCGAAAGAUAGAGUCUUCUGCAAUUGAAGCAGAUGAAGAUAGCUUGUAUGAAAAAAACAGGUCUGAUAAGGUUCCCAAGAGUGGCUGGACUGAUUGUGAAUCUGAAAAAUCAAUAACUGAAGUGGAGGUAGCUGAAGUGGCCUAUGCUGCUGAAGAAGAAGAAGACUGAGAAAUCAGCAGCGACUACUGCCAAAAUCUGAAGAUUUAGCAGUUUGGACUGGAUUAUGUUUUAGCAAAAACACUUAUUUAAAAACUAGAACAGGAACUGUAAAGCAUUUACUGAAGAAGAAAAAAGGAUGCACAUUUGAAAUGUUUACAUAAACAAAAUCAUAACUUAUUGACAUAGGAAAUAUAUGGAAUGCUGCUUUUGAUUUGCUUUUAUCUAGCAUUUAGAUUUAAUAUAUUAAAAAGGUCUAGUUAGGAUUCUAUUAACCUAGACCCAUAUUCUUAAGUACUGUACAUAAAUGAUUAUGAUAUUUUGCCAAUAUAUUUUAAGCUAUAUGCAUAUUACAUAUAUAUAAAAUCACAAGUAAUAUUAGUCAAAUGGAAAUUACACGUGUGAAGGCUACUUGUCUUAGACAUACUUUUAAUUGGUUAAAGGAAUUUAUUGUAAAAUUAUAAGAGCAAUUUAAAACAAUGAUUUUACAUACCUUAAAUUAAAAAAAAAUUUUUUUUCAUUUUAAUGCUUUAAAGAAAAAAAAAACUUGUUGGUAUAAAAUGAAAAGUUCCUUAAUAGUUAUGAUUGACUCUCCCUUUAAGGUUCUGGGAAAGAAAGUAAUAAAUGGUAAAAUAACUAAAAAAAAAUAUAAAGGGAAAUCAAAAGUAAAUUAGGUGAACAUAGAAUAAUAUAUGUGUUAGAUCUAUGGGAAAGGAAAGAACUUAAGACCAAGCAAGAAUUAGAAAAAAUUACAAAAUGUAAAAUGAAUAAUUUUUAUUACAUUAAAUUAAAAGGGUUUUGUACAAACAAAAUCAAUGCAACCAAAAUUAUUAGGGAAGCAACAAAUUGGGGAAAAAACAAAAACCUCUGAAAAAGGUAUAAUUUCUCACAUUUACAAAGAGCUAAGUCAAUUGUAUAAAAGUAUCAAACCAUUCCCCAAUUGACAAGUGGUCAAGGAGUCAUGAAUAGGCAGUUUUCAGCUAUAGAAAUCAAAACUAUCAAUAAAAGGAUGAAAAAGUAUUCUAAAUCUCUCAUAAUUAGAGAAAUACAAAUCAAAACAACACAAAGGUACACCUUACACCUAGCCAAUUGGCCAAUAUGACAAUAAAGGAAAAUAUUAAAUGUUGGAGGGAUUAUGACAAAAUUGGGACAGUAAUGCAUUGCUGGUAGAGUUGUGAAUUGAUCUAACCAUUCUAGAAGGCAAUUUGGAACUAUGCCCAAAGGGCUUUAAAAGCAUGAAUACCCUUUGAUCCAAAAAUACCACUAAUUGGU